UUGCUUUGAACUACUUCGUUUCGGGAACGACAAAGACCAGAGAAAAAACGUCAUCGCUUUGGAAAAAAUUAAAAAAUAUUAUAUUUCGCAACUCCGUAUUAAAAAAUUAAUAAUCAUUUAUCACCACAAAGAUGGGCGACAAUGAGGAAAAGGCAUUACAGCUUAUGGCAGAAGCUGGAAAGAAGUUAACACAGCAGAAAGGUUUCUUUGGAAUGUUAUUUGGUGGAUCCAACAAGGUAGAGGAGGCCAUCGAAUGUUAUCAACGUGCUGGCAACAUGUUUAAAAUGUCUAAAAACUGGACGAAGGCUGGUGAAUGUUUCUGCGAGGCAGCAAACUUACAUUCCCGUGGUGGAAGUCGUCAUGAUGCUGGCAUUGCUUAUGUCGAUGCAUCCAAUUGUUAUAAGAAGGUCGAUGUUGAAAGUGCCGUUGCAUGCCUCCUAAAAGCCAUUGAUAUUUAUACCGACAUGGGUAGAUUUACAAUGGCCGCCAAAUAUCACCAAAGCAUUGCUGAAAUGUAUGAAAGUGAUCCGAAUACAUUGCAUCAGGCCAUCGAACAAUAUGAAAAGGCAGCCGACUAUUUUAAGGGUGAAGAAUCGACCAGUUCGGCCAAUAAAUGUAUGCUGAAAGUGGCCCAAUAUGCUGCCCAAUUGGAGGACUACGAAAAGGCCAUUAAUAUUUAUGAACAAGUUGCCGCCUCCUCCUUGGAAAGUUCAUUGCUCAAAUACAGUGCCAAGGAUUACUUUUUCCGUGCUGCCUUGUGUCACUUGAGCAUUGAUUUGUUGAAUGCCCAACAUGCCAUUGAAAAAUAUUGUCAACAAUAUCCAGCUUUUCAGGAUUGCAGGGAAUAUAAAUUGAUUAAGGUACUUUGUGAACAUUUGGAAGAUCAAAAUAUCGAUGGUUUCACCGAUGCCAUUAAAGACUAUGACAGUAUCUCGCGAUUGGAUCAAUGGUAUACCACAAUAUUGCUGCGUAUUAAAAAGGCCGCCGAUGAUAGUCCAGAUCUGCGAUAAAAAGUUAACUAUCCAUGGAUAGUCUAUUUCGAUUAAUUUAUAUUUCCUAAGACACACAUGCUGUUCUGCUCCUUUUCCUCCUUUUUUUAACAAUUUGUAGCCAUUUGAGGUGUGUGGAAGAAAGAAAGAAAGAAAGAAAGAAGAAAAAACAAAUACCGAGAAAUUUAAAGUAAAAUUCAUUUACAGUAAAUGAAGAAUCCCGUAUCCCCAAGAUAUAAAUAAAAAAUAGAUUAUAUUUAAUUUUUUUUAAAUAAAUAUAUAUAUAUAUAAAAGUCCAA